CCUAACAACAAGGCCAUUCCUCCCUCUCCCCUCCUUUUCUCAGUUUUAAGCCCCCUUCCCUCAUCUUUCUGCCAUGAAGAUCAAAAUAGUUGCCCUUCUCGCAGGGUUCCUUGGGAUUUUGGGCGUUCUUUUCUUCCUGAUAGCCUUUGGGACAGAUUAUUGGCUCCUAGCAACAGAGACAUGCGGAGGAUUUGAACCUGAGAACAACACGCUUCACACCAAGGAGGUUGGAAAGGAAGAGUGGAAGAAUGAUAGUGAAGAAGUUCUCACAUUUCACCAUGAAGGGUUCUUCUGGAGGUGCUGGUUUUUUGGUGAAGCUUACAAAGAGAGCAUAUGGACCUUCUGGUUUACUAGCCAAGGGUAUCCAAAAUACUGCAUGAAUGGUUAUCUAUUCCCUAUGCCUAUUGCACUUGGACCUUAUCCACACCCUUCCUAUGAUGCGACAGCAGUAUACAGAGGCUUCUGGACAGCUUUCAUUGUGCUGGCUGUCACGGCCAGUCUUGUUGGCGGAUUUCUGUUGGUGUGUGGUGUGCCCUUUGUCAACGCACGGUUCUAUAAAGUAGGAGGCGGAUUCCUCAUCACAGCUGGAAUUUUAUUUGCCCUGUUGAUAUUUCUGUUUGUGAUGUGGAAAGAAUUUGCUGCUGAUCUCGCCAAAUACAUACUUCUUGAAAGAAGUGAUCGAUGCGACGAAGAGGUUCCUGUAAAGGUUUAUUAUGGAUGGUCGUUUAUCUUUGCAGCUGCUGGGGUCCCCUUAGUGUUACUUUCUGGACUUCUCUUUUACCUGGUUGGUUAUAGUCUUCUCAAAGAGCAGGAGUAAUGAGGCAGACCUCUCCCAGCAGUCGAGGAAAGGAACACUAGUAUUAUCCGGAAAUGUGGGGAAAAUCCUGCUAACAUUAAAUUCAUGACAAAAAGUACUGUAACAUCAAGUUGGGGGAAUUACCAUUGUGGGAAAUAUAGCAUUAAGUACUGAGUUAAAACCAGGUUCAUCAUACUUUUAAAAAACCUUAUCCUGGGUCUCAGCCAAGGAACUCUGGGAAUUGUAGUUCUUUGAGUAUGCCCUGACUUCUUGGGGGCGGGGCGGUGAGGAGGCUGCAUGCUCCAGCCUGGUUUGAAAUCUGUUACAUUGCCAUUGUCUUCCACAAAGAACCUGGGAUCAACUGAUUUGUGAAGGACAUUUGGACUUGUUAGAGAUUCCAAGCUCCUUCACAGUUUGUUGGUUGGGAGUGCAGUCAUCAUUAAAAUAGGCUUGAAAUUCUGUAACUUCCUGUUCUCCAUCUACAGAAAUUCCAGAGAUUUCCCAGUGAUUCUUACAGAAUCCUUGUCAACUGCUCCAGGUGUUUCAGGAGGCAGUAUUCAGUUACGAAGGUUUAUCCUCUUGCAUUCAAAUCAAAUGAAAUGGGGGAGGGGGAAAUUAUAAUUCUGUAUCAUCUGCUAAGUCUUGCGCUUGCUGUACAUGUACAUGUACAUGUCCACAUGCACUGACACCUCAGUCACUGAGAGCAUGGAAUUCCUCCAUGUAAAAAAGCACCCCCAUUCAUUUCAAUGGAGAAACCUCAGCAGACAGUAUGGUGGUCUUCUGUUCACACGUUACAGGAGCCCACCAGUCAUGCAUAUUGGGGGAGGGCACAAGCCUCCACAAGGCAUGAACAGAAUGCUGCCAUAAUGGCUGCUGGGAUCAGAGAUAGUCCGUGUGUGUGUGUGUGUGUUGCUUUUCACCUUGGGGUGGGUGCCAUCUGUUGAAAUAAAAGGGGACCCCCAUGUACUAGAUCUCAGUAUAAGCAUCAGAGAACUCUGGAAUCAGGGGACAGAAGCCAGCCACGGAGUCUCUCUACAUGAGACAUCUGACACAUGAAUAACAUGUGCUGAGAGAUACAAUGUUAGCCAGGAAGGGCAGUUUAAAAGACAAAGCCGGUGGCAAGGCAAAGGCUUUGCUAUACACUGGAGCUGUGGGAAGGGGCUGUGAAAUGCCAGAAGGGAAACUUCAGCCCGUUAUAACCUCUCCAGGUCCAAGCCUGGCUCUGGAAGGCAGCUCCAGCCCAUUUCCAUUCCUCGGUGCCCUCUGGUUGUGAUCCCACACAGUUUUAGGCUGGAGAGGUGAAACUGACAGAGCCUGCAGGGAGGCAAAGAUGAAAUUAACAAACUGAGGGAGGAUCUCUGUGGGCUCUGUCUUUUUAAACUACUCUUCCUGGCGAACAUUGCAUCUCCUUACACUUGAUGAACAUGCACCGAGGCGUCUCAUGCAGAGAGACUCUUAUUUAGGCAGAAGUUCCUGUUACCAUGUUGGAGAGACAGAUACGCAUCCAAUUCCAUUACAUGCAUGCUAUAAUGUGUGAUGUGGAUACCACAUGUGGAUGCAUCUUUGCGCAGAGGCCCAUGCUCAAAAUACAGAGAGGAAACAUAAUCGAGUUUGGUCCUGCACACACAAAUGCACGUUACGUUUUUGACAGCCAGUGUCAUGUAGCAGGGAAUAGCACAGCAGGGACAUCUGGGCUCGAACCUCCACUCUGCCACACGGCUGGUUGGGAGGCCUUGGGCCUCUCUCUUUAUCUAACCCACCUCACAGAACUGUUGGGAGCAUAAAAUGGAGGAGGGGGAGAAGCAUGUAUGCUAUCCCGAGUUUCUUUGAGCGAGGGCAGGAUGAAAAUACGACAGACAGAUUAUCAGCAUAACUGGGAGCAGUUGUGCUUCCUCUACAAUAUGGGAACAGGAUCUUUAACCCAGCGAAACAUCUUACCUAGGCUGUGAUCUUUCCUGAAUGGAACAGGAUACGUUAAAAUGUUACAGGUCAAGGUAUAUAAUAUUUUGGAUGGAAGUGUACAUGUCAUAAGCAUGCGUGGCAAUAUGUAUAAAGAAACAAUUUAAGUUGAGAUCGGGAAGGGUGGGGGAGGGGAAGUUGUCAUUAACUUUAAUAGUUUGCACCCAAUGGCUGCCCCAAAACUGCUUCUAUCAUCAGUAUUUAUAUUAAACGUGAGUUAUAAAUAUUCAGCAUUAAAGAUGAAGUCCCAGUUGACCUUGUAGCUUGUUAAAUGCAAUCAGAUCUGGCCGGGGUGAUGUGUACUUAUCAGCUUUAUUUGUAAAUGCUAAUUAAAGAUCAUUUUUUAAAAAAAAAAUUACUGUAACUAACAUGAAAGGAUGGCUGUUGAUGGCUGUUAACAUGUCUUUUAAAUAUUUUAAGCAUCCUGUUAUACUGGGAAGAAGACAACAUUUUUUGCUUUUUAAAAUGCACUUUGUACUUGUAUGUUUUGGCAAAAUGACGCUUGGAGGUUUGCAAACAUGAAUGCCAUCUCUGAAUCCUAAACUGAAGGAGCCCCUCUGAUUUCAAAUAAAACCAAAUAAACCUGGUACAGUCCAAUUUAGAAAAAGUUCAUCCUGUGUAAUAAAGUUGCCGGUUUUCCUG